GGAAUUAUUUUUUUUAUUUUAGAACUGAAUAAAAAUCCUGUUGAAGGAUUUUCAGCUGGAUUGAUCGAUGAAAACGAUAUAUUCAGAUGGGAGGUACUUAUUAUAGGCCCCCCGGAUACACUUUAUGAAGGCGGAUUUUUCAAAGCUCAUUUAUAUUUUCCUAAAGAGUAUCCGUUACGCCCACCUCGCAUGAAGUUCGUAACGGAAAUUUGGCAUCCAAAUAUCGAGAAAAACGGUGAUGUUUGCAUUUCGAUCCUUCAUGAACCUGGAGAUGAUAAAUGGGGAUAUGAAAAAGCUUCCGAGCGUUGGUUGCCAGUACACACAGUUGAGACAAUUUUGAUAUCUGUGAUAUCGAUGCUCGCAGAUCCAAACGAUGAGUCUCCAGCUAACGUAGAUGCUGCCAAGGAAUGGAGGGAAUCUUAUCCUGAAUUUAAGAGGAAAGUAGCCCGUUGUGUUAGAAAGAGCCAGGAAGAAUGCUCGUAGAACUCGCUUGUAUUUGUAUAUUUAUAAU